AUGCUUCCCGGGGUGGGCGUGUUCGGCACCAGCCUCACGGCCCGUGUCAUCAUCCCGCUGCUGAAAGACGAGGGCUUCGCGGUGAAGGCGCUCUGGGGCCGCACGCAGGAGGAAGCGGAGGAGCUGGCCAAGGAGAUGAGCGUCCCCUUCUACACCAGCCGCAUUGACGAGGUGCUGCUGCAUCAGGACGUGGACUUGGUGUGCAUCAACCUGCCGCCGCCCCUCACCAGGCAGAUUGCAGUCAAGACCCUGGGCAUCGGCAAGAACGUCAUCUGCGACCGCACGGCCACGCCGCUGGACGCCUUCCGCAUGAUGUCGGCCGCCCACUACUACCCCAAGCUCAUGAGCAUCAUGGGCAACGUGCUGCGCUUCCUGCCGGCCUUCGUGCGCAUGAAGCAGCUCAUCGAGGAGGGCUACGUGGGCGAGCUGCUGGUGUGCGAGGUGCAGGUGCACGGCGGCAGCCUGCUGGGCAAGAAGUACAACUGGAGCUGCGACGACCUGAUGGGCGGCGGCGGCCUGCACUCGGUGGGCACCUACAUCAUCGACCUGCUCACCUUCCUCACCGGCCAGAAGGCUGUCAAGGUCCACGGGCUGCUCAAGACCUUCGUGAAGCAGACGGACCACAUCAAGGGCAUCCGCCAGAUCACCAGCGACGACUUCUGCACCUUCCAGAUGGUGCUGGAGGGCGGCGUGUGCUGCACCGUCACCCUCAACUUCAACGUGCCCGGCGAGUUCAAGCAGGACGUGACCGUGGUGGGCUCAGCCGGGCGCCUGCUGGCGGUGGGCACCGACCUGUACGGGCAGCGCAACAGCGCCCCGGCGCGGGAGCUGCUGGUGCAGGACGCCACGCCCGUCAGCAACUCCCUGCUGCCCGAGAAGGCCUUCAGCGACAUCCCCUCGCCCUACCUGCGCGGCACCAUCAAGAUGAUGCAGGCCGUGCGCCAGGCCUUCCAGGACCAGGACGACCGGCGCACGUGGGACGGGCGACCGCUCACCAUGGCCGCCACCUUCGACGACUGCCUGUACGCCCUGUGCGUGGUGGACACCAUCAAGCGGUCCAGCCAGACGGGCGAGUGGCAGAACAUCGCGGUGAUGACGGAGGAGCCCGAGCUGAGCCCCGCCUACCUGAUCAGCGAGGCCAUGCGCCGGAGCCGGAUGUCCCUGUACUGUUAGCCCGGACUGGGGACCCAGCGCGACCUAGGGCUCCCGCCUGGGGCCCAGAGAGGGGGAAAGGCUGGGGGAGAGGUGGCCUCGAGGAGUGUAGGGGCGGGGACGUGGAAAGGCAGGGUGAGAAAAUGGCAUCUGGGAGGCUGAGCCCCUGUCCGGGUGGGGGGCCCCGAACGAGACUGUUGGCACGGUGACCCGCGGUCCCUGAGGUCGUCCCUGCUGGCGUCGGCUGAGACGCAGGCGGUCAGCCGCCUCUGCUGCCCUUUACUGUGAGAAGCCGGGAGGGGUUGCCGGUCUCCGCCCCUCAUCCAUCGCCCCCCACACCUUGGCCUCCUUGGCAAGCCAGAGUCUCCUGCGUGCUCUGAGCCCCGUUUCCAGUGGCGAGCUCGGUUGGCGGGAGACAGCACAUCUUCACGUGCCCACGCAAGCCUGCAGGUGUGUGUGAGGGGUGGGGGGCCAGUGGCUAAAGAGAAAGUUCAGGUUCCAGGAAGCCACUUCAAGUGUCUGAAGGAAAAAGUACUUGGUAGCAAAGUGUACAGCUUUCUGGAUGGAUUGGUCUUCCUCCCAGGAAGCCCGAGGGAGGGAGUGUCUUCCUAACUGGCUCAGUGCCCUUUUCCUGGCCUGAGGUAGGGUAAGGGAGGGCCAGGAACAGCAAGCAGAGAAUCGGGUUCCCUUGAGCCAAAAGGAGAGAGCAGGGGCACAGCCUGCACUGAAACAGAUGAGGCAGAGAAGAAAAUAUCCCUUCAGAUUUGUCAGCAAUUAAAAGCCCAUUUCCGGUGGAGUGGAAUUGCCUGUAAGGAGGGAUUCGGUACUGGAGCGUUGAGGUUGUUCUUUCACGGGGCCGAGGAGACAGCGGGAAGGAGGUGUGGGUCUGACCACAGGCUCCUGUGCUAUCCUCCAGGACCCGGGGUCAGCCUUGCGCCCCAGGGUCACAGUGGCAAUUCCCAGCAGAAGGGAAAGUGAGCCAGCCCUGGACCCAUCUCUCCUAGCAAGCUGGGGAAGGGCUCUUAGGAGAUUCCCCAGCUUUGUAGAUUUUAAAAGGGAAGCCUUCAGGUCCACUCAGAUAUAAUCCUCUCCCCUUUAAAAGAAAAAAAAAAAAAAAAAAGUCAAGGCUCUUUUCCUUAGCUUGGACCUUUGCUUUCACGCAUCAAAAAAUGAAAAAUUUUGAAUAGGUAUUAAACAAAAGGACAGCAAGGCACAUAAUUUUCAGUGUUUCUAAAUGGGGUUUGAGAGCCCUCUGAGGUGUAUGGUUCCCGUAGGCUGCAGAAGGCUAAUGUAGGAAAAAACAUCUUCUUCCUCUUGGUCUCCUGUCUCUCUUGUCUUGUCAUCCUCUACUUACAGGGAGGGCUUUUACUGGAGAUGGCAAACUGCAGGCUUGGAGCAGGCAAUGCCAGAAGGGAACAACCACACACACACACACACACACACACACACACACACACACACACACGGGUUUAUAAAUGCUCACUACCACCAUUGUCACUAAAAUCGCUCUUAAAAAUUCAGACCUUGUCUUGAAAGAAAGCCCAAGUCAAAUACAUUUUGAAAAUGGGGAAUUAUCCUUUUGUUAUCUUUUCUUAAUCCUUCACCCCACAUAGGACAUUUGUCGAGCUUGGCUGUGGAGACUGUUACUUGUAAAUGUACACAGCGUUUGUUCACAGUCACAGAAAUCCAGCCGUUGUCUUUGGCACACAAGUGACAUUUAGACAUCUUUUCAGAUGGCCCCGCAGGGGAACUGGAAGGGAAUUUAAGGGGCUGAGAGUGAACCCCAGGCUCUGAGUGGGCAAAGUCCCAAAAUGAACCGUGCGAUCAAUUGCUCCCUCCUUCCUCCUCCCAGGGCCAAUACACCAUGAAUCCCAGCCUGCCCGUUGGUACUGCGUGGCCGUGUCCAAACACCACGGGAAUGUGGUAUUUUCUAGCACGGAGGGGUAGGGAUCGCCUCCCUAGAAAGAAUUACCCUGCUUCCUGGUCCCUUACUACAACUUGGGGAGGUUAGUGAGCUAAAACUCUCCAUCGUACGAUUGGUCCCUGCUCCGUUAACAGAAUCAGCCUGCCCGCUUUCCUAGCUACCAGUUCAAAACGAGAGAUUUAGUAGAAUGGAAGUCUCCCAGUAAGAAUUUGAGCAGAGGGCCAUGCCAUGGACUGUUUUGGUUCAGAUUCUCCUGAAUUCUCCUCUGGAUAAAUAGCUUUUGUGGAAACUGAGUGGAAAGAAUAUUUUCUUUUUUUAGUUGGCCCCAAAAGGCUGUGAUCAAGGAUGCAGAGAAAGGAAACUAGUGACUCUAUGAGUCUCAUUUUUCUAAGUCAUUUAUAAUCUAAGUAGGGCUGUUCCUGGGCUUUCAGUUUUGUUUCUGUACUUAAAAUACUUGGGACUUCUUUCCACCCAAAGAUCACUGAGCUCCGUGAUAAAUAUUUACUUCUUUCCCCCCAAAGAUCACUGAGCUCCGUGAUAAAUAUUUAGUGUCUAAAACAAAAAUUCUCAUUUGAGGCUGGGGUAUAUGGAAAGAAUAUACAUUCUUAAAAAGAAGCAUGAAAAAUAUUUUAGUAAGUGUUCUUAAAUUCUUUCUACUGAAAUGCAUGUAGUAGGUAGAUGCAGGAACAAGUGGAAGAAAAGACAUAGUUCAUUUUCUGAGUGUAAAAACUACAGUAAAUGGGUUCUUUAGUGCUCCUUGGGCCCCAGUCCUAUCACUUGCAAAGACUUGAUUAGGAGUCACAAUAUAAAGCUGAAAUCUCAAGCUUUCAACAGCAUUCUAUGGAAGGACUUUGUCCCAGCCCAGCACCCCUAAUAGUCCCCUCAGGGGACUGGGUACCAUCAGCUGGGUUUGAGCUCAGAUGAAGUCUCUGGAGUAACCCAGCCCUCUCUGCCUUGUUUAAUGUGUUUCAAGGACCCAGAGUAAUGGAAGCUCCAUUUUAGGGUCAUCACAUUUAGUCCCCACUUGCCUGAUUUGUUCCCGUCAUUGUGAGGGGGCUUCUGAUGCUGAACAUUAGGGCUCAUGCCACUGGUAGCCUCUGCAGAAUGUUCCAAAUUCCAAAUUCUGAGAAGGGGUAUAAGUCAGGGUAACCACAAGUGUUUGGGAAUGCUCUGGGCUUAUUUGGAAGGGUUGGAUUCUCUGAGUUUUCUCCCGGAGAGAGAGUUCAUGACCACUGUCAGCUCCCCUAUGACUUCUCCCUCCGAUGGAGAGGAGUGGCAGGGGACCAGAGAUCCUCCUUAGCCCACCAGGCAGCAGAUACCUCGGGACUCUAAGGGCAGCUUGGCUGACUCCAGCUCAAGGUGAACUUCUCCCAGACCCUUUCUCCAUCCUCAGAGAGCCACGCCAGUACUCUCUGCGCUCCCACAUUUCUUGAUCAUCUACUGUGUGCAGGGUAUUUUAAGUACGUUAUCUCGCUUAAUCCAUAAAAACAACCCUGUAGUAUUGGGUAUUGUCAGUCCCAUUUUACACAUGAGAAAAUUGAGGCUGAGAGGAAGAGUAACUUGCCCAGAGUCACAAAACUAUUAAGUAGAAGUGGGGUCACCUAAAUCCAAACCUUUCUUCUCCUCCAAACUACGUUGCCUCCCACGAAGGAAGGUUUGAGCCUCUGCAAUUCCUGCCGGGCAGGAAAGCGCUUCUUGUCGAACCCUGUCGGGGUCUGUGGAGCAACAGUGAUUAGAGUUCAAUGUGACCUGCGUGGGGCGCCCCUCUGCUGCUGUCGACACCUGCCUGUGGAGCAGGAUGCCACGUUUGAUGUUCUGCCAGAAGGUUCCUUGUAGAGCUGCAAAUAGAAGGAGUCGAUUUUUCUUCCUCUUCCAAAAUGGAAAUAUCACUCAGCUUCUUUUCAAAUCAACUUCCUAAGUUGAUUCUGAUUAUAAGCGAUGCAGCAAGCCACAGAGUUGGGGAUUUUCAGAACGUUGGCCGAUUAUUAUGGAUGGCCUUGGGUUUUGUUCUCACUGAGUAUAUAACAUAGGAAAAUGUCUUUUCUCAGGGAGUGGGGCUUUGACAGUUCAUUUGUUUGUGACACAGAUUUUAGCUGUGCGUUGCAUUUGUACCUUUAGACUCUCUUAACUCUUCAUCUUGUCUCAUAGCCGCAGCUGUUGAAUAUGACCUGUGGUCACAAAGUAGGCUUCUGAUUGCAUCACUUUUAUUCUGGUGGGUUUGGGGCGGGGGAGGAAUUCAGCGUUGAUAAGGGUACCCUGGGGAGAAAGUAAAGCCAGUUGCAUCUGGAGGGACUUCAGAGCCCAAUAUAUUCAGUUCCUUUAUUUUUACAUCCCCAAGAGGUUAAGUGAUGACCAAGGUCACACCGCUUCUUAGUGGUAGAGCCAGGACUAAAAUCCCAGUUUUCUGACUCUAAGUCCCAUCCUGCAUCUUCAGAGCUCUCAGAUGGGGAGAGGGAGGCCCAGAGAGGUGAAAUGACUUGUCUCAGGUCCCAGGGCUAGUUGGUGCAAGAGUUGCAGUUAGAACUCAGACCUGCAACGGACUGUAUUCCCUGAGCUGUUGCAGCUGAAUCAGUUUUUUAAAAACUCAAUUAUGUCUUGAAUGUACUCAGAAAACUAGCUGUUUAAAAUUUCCCAUUGUGACUGUAAUGUGAACAAUUACCUCUAAUUUGUAUUCUAUUGGCAAGGAUGGGGGACAUACAUUCAGAUGUUCACCUUUGGGAUUUCCUGAGGCCAGCUCUACUUCUGGGCUCUCCCCUGCCCUCUGGCUACAGAUCUAGGUCUUGACUAGCUUAGGGCUCCUGCUCCACCGACCGCCUCCAUUUUCGGCCAUCCAAAUCCUGAAGUUUAUAGGGCAGAGGUCACAACACUGGGGAGUUUUUUUUUUGUUUUUUUUUGUUUUAAAUCAACUCUCAGAGUCCCGCCUUUCAGUUCCCUUUCGGGGACAGGGAGACGCGUAAUGAAAUAAAAGCUGUGCUUGUCUGCAGCCCAUGGGCCCACCCCAGCCUGUCGCAUCCUGGGCAGAGAAGCGGGCGGAUGGGGAGUACCCCAAGUUUGAGGGGACAGCCCUGAGUUGGGCUUCAGAACUUUUCCCAAGAAGAGUGUAGACCUUCUGUGCUUCUUUAAGAGGUGAUGGGCUCAGUGGGCUCAUCAGAGUGUGCAGGUGCAGCCAGUAAGUACCGUGUACCUGAGUUCCACACCGGUUAGCAAUGAAAGGCAGUGGCCUACUGGCUUUUUCUUCUCCAUGUCACGGUCCCUAUUUGCUGGAGCUCUUGAGAGGGGCACCAAGCGUCUGGCUCUGUCAGGCUCCUCAAGUGUUGCACUACUGAAUACUCUUGAAUCUGUUGCCCCUUUCUGUUUACACCAGCAGUGAGCAGAGAAAUAACAAGGCCAUGUCACAUUCAGUGGCUUCGUGCUUGGCGUGGCAAUCGUGCUUGCCUGGGUGGUGGGAGCAGGGGCCCCAGACUAACCCAGGUCAAGGUCUCUGCUGUCCCCUGCAGCCAUCACAAGGGCUACGUUGUUGAAUGAGCCCCAUGGUUUCUCCCCAGAAACUCCAUGACUGAUUGGUGACUCUAGUCCCAGGCUAAGAAACGGAACCCAAGGAAGCGACCUGCCCGCUCCUUUGCUCCCCUCCUUCCCCAUCAGGCAUCCAGCCAUACUUAGUAUUCUUGCCCUGUGCCUUGCCCAGGGGAGGGAGAAGGUUCUAGUAAUUAUGGUUUUCUGUUGGUUGCCUGGUGCUUUUACUGUUGUUUUAUUUUGUUGUUGCUGUUUUUAACCAAAAGUUGCAUUUGUUUGGUUGUCAAUGUCGAGUGUGUGUUUAUUGUUCUACAAACAUGAGUAUAUAUAUGUAUGUAUAUGUAUAAAAACAAACUUAUAACAUAAAAAGUCAAGGCAUGUAUACUAGAUAUUUUAAAGAGUUAUUUAUCAAGGGAAAAAGAUGUGUGUUAUAAAGUAAACAGAGUCUAUAUUUUAUAUAUAAUGUAGAUAGCAAAAAAUAGCUUAUAAAUUAUAGAAGGUUUGGGUUUUCUUUUUUUUUAUUAUUAAAGAAAAAAAAAAAAAAAAGACAAUGAACGCACCUGUUCUUAGUGUUUUAAAAGCCAAACUGCUGUGGGAGGUGGCCUUCCCUACCAGGCCCUCGGGCUGUACAGUCUGUGCUCCAGGCCCGGAGCUGAUGCCUCGUGUUACCUCUGCAGUGCUCAGGGGGCCAUGGUUACCAUCACCCCGCCAGCUGGCAUGUGCCGCUUCAAAUGUGGCUUCCUGCUGUCCUCCCCAGUUUGUGUUGGUGGGAUAAAGGAAUGGAAGUAGAAAAUAAAGACUGAAGAGAAGAUAUGA